GCUGCGGCCGAUCUCCGAUCCCAAAGCUCAGGUAAUCUGUGCUACGAGAGAGGGUUCGAUCUUCACGGUAUACCGUGGUCGCACAAGCGAGAUGCAGUGUCGCCUGCGUUUCCGCCUCUGCCGACAGCUUCACGAUGCAAGCGUGGGCGCUCGUAUCACCGGCGUCGCGCGGCAUCGGCCUUGAGCUUGCGCGGCGGCUCUUGAGGACCACCUCCAUACCGGUCGUUGCAACUGCUAGAAAGGAUGUUGAUCAUACAAGAGCGCAGAUACUCGGUGAUUUGAGGAACGUCGAAGAGGACAGGCUUCAUAUGCUGGAAUUGGAUGUUCUCGAGGAGCAGACCAUACAGAAUGCUGCGCAAGAGGCCGGAAAGCUCUUUCCAAAGAAGGACUCAUACCUCCAUCUUGGUCUUUGCGUUCCGGGCCUACUGUACCCUGAGAAGGCGCCUUCCCAGAUCGAUUACGACGAUGCACUGCUCACCUUUCGAACAAACACGCUGGGCCCAAUGAUGCUCAUGAAGCAUUUCUCAAACUUUCUGCCACGCAAAUCUACGAGCGUGUUAGCUUCACCUGACCUGCCCAAGCAAGCUAUAUGGGCGAAUAUGUCUGCCCGUGUGGGAAGCAUAACCGACAACCGAUUGGGCGGCUGGUACAGCUACCGCAGUAGCAAAGCCGCAGUGAAUCAGACAACGAAGACCUUCGACAACUACCUGCGCACAAGCGCCGGCGACAAGGCAAUGAGUAUCGCGCUGCAUCCAGGCACGGUAAAAACGGGCUUGAGCCAAGAGUUUUGGAACAAUGUGAAGGGGGAGAAGCUGUUCAGUCCCGAGUUUGCGGCGGAGAAGCUGCUGGAUGUGAUCAACAGUCGAACGAUUGACGACAGAGGACGGUGUUGGGAUUGGAAGGGCGAAGAGAUACCGCCAUGAUGCGAGCACGGUCAAUACGAUACCGUCCCGGUACGUUGCAAUGCAGCUGCCAGUAUCAUUUCGUCUCGGCAGCCCCGCUCCUGCACUUAUCCACCUUCUCCGCCACUGGAGAGCAAUGACAAGGCUCACUUAUUGAGCUCUGCUGCUCUCUUUCGUAGCUCCUCCUUGCUCGCCGGCUCCCCGAGAUUCUCUGCCAUCACUGGGCCUGGAGUUGCCUUGUGCUGUUCGAUGGUCGCCUUCUGCCCACCCUCAUGGUGGUGCUCGUGAGUGGAGGCAGUGGAGUCCUUAGACUCCUUCGCAACCUGAUCGGUAAGGUCUACAUACGGUGUAAGCUCUCAUCGCGACAUAUACCAUUGAAGUGACUCACUGCUGGGCGCUUCUUCUUCCUGCGGCAAGACCGGCAUGUUGAUCGAUUUGCUGCUUAUGCAGUACUCGUGACCUUUUCUGCAGUAGCGUCGCUUUGUGCUUUU